UGUGUUGAGUGACGUAAUAUACGACGCGACCGAGUGUUCCGCACCAGCCCUUCGGCGUCCCAUCAAAUCAUAAUCGUUGCGUUUCGCCGUCACCGAUAAUUCCUCGCACGCCGCCGCUUUUCGACGCCACCGGUUCCCGGGGGGUGGUGCACGUCGACCGCCGGCGGCUAUCGCGGUGGCCAUCGCGCGUACAACGACGACUGCUGCACCAUGGACGAGACUUCGCGGUAUCCGGGCUUCCCGGAGUACGCGGGCUAUUCCGACGUCGGUGGAGGCAGCGGCAUGGACGCCGCGUCCCGGGGCUCGUCGUCGCAGCACGCGGCCGUCGAGGGUGGUGGUGCGGCCACGUACGACGGGAAACACCGUCAAAGCCAACCGCACCGUCAGCCGCGGACGGGUGUCUUGGCCCGGUUGCACACUGUGUUCGAACCGUCCAUGAACCGGCUGUCCAUGAAGAUCUACGGCAGCAAGAAAGCCGUGGUCAAAGAGCGGCUCAGGCAACGGUCCUUGGGCGUCUGGGUCAUCCACCCCUGUUCCAAGUUCAGGUUUUAUUGGGAUUUAUGCAUGCUACUGUUAUUGGUGGCUAAUUUGAUUAUACUUCCGGUUGGAAUAUCAUUCUUUAAUGAUGACUUCGAUACAAGAUGGAUAACAUUCAACUGUUUAUCCGAUACCAUAUUCCUUGUGGACAUCAUCGUCAACUUUAGAACUGGUAUCUUACAAACGGAUAAUUCUGAACAAGUGAUUUUAGAACCAAAUUUAAUAGCUAGAAACUAUUUAAGAUCUUGGUUCUUCUUGGAUUUAAUUAGUUCUCUUCCGUUGGAUUAUCUAUUUCUCAUGUUUAAUCAGGAUGUGGGUGAAGGUAUACAGAUUUUGCACGCCGGUCGAGCUCUUCGUAUCCUUCGACUUGCUAAGCUACUCAGUUUAGUCAGAUUACUCAGAUUAUCCAGGCUAGUGCGUUAUGUGAAUCAAUGGGAAGAAGUCUACAUGUUAAGAAUACGAUCAAAUAAUGUGUCAUCGGGUCAACGAGGUCACCACGAAAGCCAAUCCAUGAUCAAGUUCCUGAACAUGGCCAGUGUGUUUAUGAGGAUAUUCAAUUUGAUAUGCAUGAUGUUACUCAUAGGACAUUGGUCUGGAUGUCUUCAAUUCCUUGUACCUAGCCUACAAGGAUUUCCAGUAAAUUCAUGGGUUUCUAUUAAUGAAUUACAGGAUGCUAACUGGGCAGAACAAUAUUCGUGGUCACUAUUUAAAGCCAUGUCACAUAUGCUGUGUAUUGGUUAUGGCCGGUUCCCACCACAAUCGCUAACUGACAUGUGGUUGACCAUGUUGUCAAUGAUUAGUGGUGCAACGUGUUAUGCUCUAUUUUUGGGACAUGCUACAAAUUUGAUUCAGAGCUUGGAUUCAUCACGUCGGCAAUACCGUGAAAAGGUUAAACAAGUGGAAGAAUACAUGUCGUAUAGACGGCUACCAUUAGAUAUGCGAAAGAGAAUAACCGAGUACUUUGAACACAGAUAUCAGGGAAAAUUCUUUGAUGAAAAGUGGAUAUUGGAUGAAAUGUCCGACAAACUGCGCGAAGAAGUUCGAAACUACACUUGCCGGAGAUUAGUGACAAAUUUGCCACUUUUACAGAACGCUGACACCAACUUACUUACUGAGUUGACUGAUUGUUUAGAGUUUGAAAUGUUCCAGCCUGGUAAUUUUUUACGCUUUUUUUUUUGUUGCUCUUGUAAUUUUUUUUAUGUUUUGUUUUGAAUACACUAUGUGUUU